AGGGACGCGCGGAGAAGGCAGUAACUUUAAAGCCAGCUCAGAGCCCAGACCUCCAGCCGAGCGGUUUGCAGCGCGGCAGCGGCGGCAUUGAGUGUCUGGCCCGCCAGUCCGGUCGGGGUGUGCAGUCGGACGGACGAGCAGCGCGUCGCUGUCCCCCGGCGGCUGGAGAUGUCCGAGCCUAAGGCAAUUGAUCCCAAGUUGUCGACGACCGACAGGGUGGUGAAAGUUGAAGAAAUGAAGACAGACGGAUGGAAUGACCACAUGUAGGAUUAGAAUGCAGCUGUCCCAUUUCCUCCAAGUCACCGGCUUACAGCAAAAGAAGUGUUUGAUAAUGAUGGGAAACCUCGUGUGGAUAUCUUAAAGGCACAUCUCAUGAAGGAGGGCCGGCUGGAAGAGAGUGUUGCAUUGAGAAUAAUAACAGAGGGGGCUUCAAUUCUUCGACAGGAAAAAAACCUGCUGGAUAUAGAUGCUCCUGUCACAGUUUGUGGGGACAUCCAUGGACAGUUCUUUGACUUGAUGAAGCUCUUUGAAGUGGGGGGAUCUCCUGCCAACACUCGCUACCUCUUCUUAGGGGACUAUGUUGACAGAGGGUACUUCAGUAUCGAAUGUGUGCUCUAUUUGUGGGCCUUGAAAAUCCUUUACCCCAAAACACUGUUUUUACUUCGUGGAAAUCAUGAAUGUAGACAUCUAACAGAGUAUUUCACAUUUAAACAAGAAUGUAAAAUAAAGUAUUCGGAACGUGUAUACGAUGCCUGUAUGGAUGCCUUUGACUGCCUUCCUCUGGCUGCCCUGAUGAACCAGCAGUUCCUGUGUGUACACGGUGGUUUGUCUCCAGAGAUUAACACUUUAGACGAUAUCAGAAAAUUAGACCGAUUCAAAGAACCACCUGCUUAUGGACCUAUGUGUGAUAUCCUGUGGUCAGACCCUCUGGAGGAUUUUGGAAAUGAGAAGACUCAGGAACAUUUCACUCACAACACAGUCAGGGGGUGUUCAUACUUCUACAGUUACCCGGCUGUAUGUGAAUUCUUACAGCACAAUAACUUGUUAUCUAUACUCCGAGCCCAUGAAGCCCAAGAUGCAGGGUAUCGCAUGUACAGGAAAAGCCAAACAACAGGCUUCCCUUCUCUAAUUACAAUUUUUUCAGCACCAAAUUACUUAGACGUGUACAAUAACAAAGCUGCAGUAUUGAAGUAUGAGAAUAAUGUUAUGAACAUCAGGCAAUUCAACUGUUCUCCUCAUCCAUACUGGCUUCCAAACUUCAUGGAUGUUUUCACUUGGUCCCUGCCAUUUGUUGGAGAGAAAGUGACGGAGAUGCUGGUAAACGUCCUCAAUAUCUGCUCAGAUGAUGAACUAGGGUCAGAAGAAGAUGGAUUUGAUGGAGCAACAGCGGCAGCCCGGAAGGAGGUGAUAAGGAACAAGAUCCGAGCAAUAGGCAAAAUGGCCAGGGUGUUCUCAGUUCUCAGAGAAGAAAGUGAGAGUGUGCUGACGCUGAAAGGCUUGACUCCAACGGGCAUGCUCCCCAGCGGAGUGCUUUCUGGAGGGAAGCAAACCCUGCAAAGCGCUAUCAAAGGAUUUUCUCCACAACAUAAGAUCACUAGCUUCGAGGAGGCCAAGGGCUUAGACCGAAUUAACGAGAGGAUGCCGCCUCGCAGAGAUGCUAUGCCCUCUGACGCCAACCUUAACUCCAUCAACAAGGCCCUCGCCUCAGAGACUAACGGCACGGACAGCAAUGGCAGUAAUAGCAGCAAUAUUCAGUGACCACUUCCUGUUCACCUUUUUUUUCUUUUUUCUUUUUCUUUUUUUUUUUUUUUUGAGCUGCAGGGCAUGAUGGGGAUUGCUGCAUAUCAGCAGUUGGAUGUUCUUGCCUCAGAUGGUAGCUUAUUUGCUCUGGGGGCCAGGAAUUGGAUUCAGUUUACACUAUCAUUUAAAAAGAGGGAGAGAGAUAAUAAACUAUAUUUUGGUGGGGGUGGUGAUUAAACACCUCCUUUGGGUAUGCCUUUUAAAAAUGCUUAUAGGAAAAAAAAAUUAAAAAGAAAGCUAAUGCUAGUAUAUACAGCAAUGUUAGGGGAAUGAAUGUGUUUUCCUACUACAUUGGGGACUUCUAGAUAGGUUAACGAAAGGCCUUUUAUUGUGUUACUGGACAUGAAAACUUUGUCUAAUUUCUUACUCUAUUGUACGUUUACAGUCGCAGCACUAAAAAUGGAUGACAUCAAACAUUUUUAACAAAAUGAUGUACAAACUAAAUAAGGACUAUUUAUUGAUAAUGUUUUGCUACUCUUGUCAGACAAUGGCUAUAAACUGAAUUAGGCAGUCUUAAAAAAAAUAGAAAAAGAAAAAAAAAAAAGAAUGUUGCAAAUUUGUUAAAAUGCCAAAAAGGACAGUUAAUUUUGUACAGAUUAUGCUUACCUCAGGUCUCUUUAGUGUGCUUGGAUGCCCUUCUUUCCAUAUAACACUUAUUAAUUUGGCAAUGAAUAUCUUUCCUUUAAAGUUUUAAAAAACUGGAAUAAUUACGUCUAUCCUUUUUUGCUGUUUAUAUUUAGGGGUUUUUGUUGAAAAAUCAAGUCUUGGUUGUGGCUUGCUGAAUUAAAUAUUUAUGAGUGGUGCAUUUUUAAGUAUAGUGAACAAGACACCAUAUUAAGUACAGUGAUAAAGCAUCUAUAUUCUGUAAAAAAAAAAAAAAUCUGCCUAUGCAUGUUUUUUAAGAAAAACAAAAAAUGGCUGUAUUGGCCUGUAUGGGACUGUAAUGCGCUUAGUGGUCUGACGUAUACUGGAAAUGUAUGUAUACUGGCGUACUUUAUAUUCUAAAAUGCUUAAUGCCUUUGAAAUUUUGUAAUCAAAAAAGCUUUGAAAAAAAAUCUAAAGGGGAGAGUAUUCUUAAAAGUUUUUAACAUAAGCUUGUCAGUGCACAUAUAGAUGGUUAGCAUGUUUAGCAAACCUUGUGAAAUUUAAAUAAGUUUGUAGUUACAUGUGAAACUCUAAAUGCAUGGUAACUGUUAAUGUCAUAAUGGUUUAGUUAUUUUGUUCUGUUCCGUCAUGUGCCACAAAAUACAUACUUUUUUCACUUUUUUCCCUUUGUAUAUCAGUUACGGGUUACAACUGGUUCAUUCUGAAAACAACAACAACAACAGUCCAUUCAUAUUUUUUAACAAUUGUAUAAGUGCCCAAGUAAUUCACUACAGCCUAAAGCCUUGCCUUUGUAAUUUGACUUCUGAAAUGUUGGCAAUCAAAGCAUGCACUUGUAACACUGAAAAAGAAAAAGCAUUUUAUAUUACUACUCAAUAAAAUGUGCAUGAACUUAAAGAACUCUCAUCCUUUCACUGAGUCUGCUGAAGGGAUUCACGUGCACAGCCACCAUGGCGUCUUCUAGGUGCUGGGCCCACAACCAUGCAUCACGGAUUUGCUUAACAGGCUUCCUCCAGCCUCGUGAUCUAAGGUGUGGUGCCUACUUCCACUGUAAGAAUCUUGGUGGAUUUGUGUCUCAAAUCAGAAAAGAGAAAUCUAUUUAAAGAGCAAAUGCCAUCUUCUGGCUCCACAAAUAUGGGAGCCAGUUAUGAAACCAGAGCAUUCCUUUUAAUUGGAACAAAAAAAAAAAAAUCAAUUUGUUAUCAGGUUGUUUCAGUUGUAUUGGAUCCCCUAUCUGCUAAAGCCAAAAGAGCUAAGCUCUCAAGUGCAUUUUCAUCACAGAAGAGAGUUGCGUUUGUAUUGAUAUGAAAUUUGUAUACCGGCGCUUCAGCUAAUAUCUAAUCACCCGAAUAUUUAAAUACACCAAAUUUCAGUUUGUUUCUAACAUUGUUCAUUUUUAGUGCACUUUGUUUUAUGUAAUGAAGUAUGCCUGUUAUAUUAAAUAAUAAGAAUAUGACAAUUAGUGAUAUAGUGUACCAAAACAAAGAUGUUCUAGAUAUAUUCUCUGACAAAGACUAUCCCAAGUUUAUUUUAAUGAAUCCAAACUUUUUUUUUCCCCCGUGGAUAUUUUUCCAUCCUAAAAAAAUGAUACAUGAGGAAAAUAUUUAGAUGCAACUUAUUUGAAUGAUGUGAAAGAAAUGGUAAUUCUGGUACCAAGGUGUUUAUUUUCUUUCUUAUAACUGCAAAGAAAAUAUCCUGACAAAAAGAAAAUAAUUUUUUUUUGAUUCUUUUCUUUUACAAAUUGUGCUAAGGCAACUAUGGCAUAGAAAUAAACAUUUGACAUUAAAAUAAGCAGUUGAUGUGAGUAUUGCUUGGUCAUUCGGUCACUAGUUAGGAAAUACAUAUAUUUUUAUAUAAUAAUUUGAACUUUGAAAGAAAUGUAUGAAAUGGAAGUUAUUUUUCCAAAAGGAAUAAUCAUGCCAGAUCAUCAUUUAUUAGACCAAACCCAAGUUGUAUGGAACCCCGGUGUGCAGUGGUUAAGUGCUUGACUGCUAACCAAAAGGUUGAUGGUUCGAUCCCACCAGCAGCUCUGAGAGAGAAAGAUGUGACAGUCCGCUUCCAUAUUUACAGCCUUGGAAAUCCUCUGCCUUAUAGGGUCACUAUGAGUUGGAAUUGAUUCAAUGGCAAUGGGUAGUUUGUUUUGUAUAACCCAAAUUGUUGAAUUGUUGCUCAUGCCAGUGAACCUUUGGUGUCUGGGUCUGUCUGUCUCUCUCUCUCUGUCACACACAAACACACACACACGCACACACAUUCACUCGGCCUCCUGUCCUCCAUAUUCCCACACCCAACCUACCUCUCAUGGGGUUCAUGUUCAGUGCUGAAUUUUCAUCUAGCUUUUAAAGAAUUACGUUCUAGGUUUGACUCACCCCAGGUCAGAAAUUUUGUUUGUUUAAACCCAUCUUCUACUUAUAUUCUUUUUUAUUGAUGUUUGAAGAAAGGAAAUCUUCAGAGACUAAACUUGUAUGGUAAUUGAUGGUAAGGAGACAGAAGUCCAAAAUGGGAUGGAAGGGAGUAUCUGCCCUUUUUUUUUUUUUUGGACAAUGGUAUGGCUUAGACUAAAGCAUCAAAGCUGGAAGUAUAUUCUGAAAUCAACCCAAAAAAUGUAAUGGCGAUGCCAAGCACUCAGUGAUCUUCUCCGGAAACAUCCCUGUCCUACUCUUAUCCUGCCAUGUCCAUGUGAAAUAAGUUUUAGUACAUAUCCAUCUUCCUGCCCAGAAACCAGGGCCCUAACGUGAAGUUAGCUCCACAGGAGGGACAGUGAGAAUGGCCUUCCUUAAAUGUCUCAGGCUUUUUGACUAUUUCAUGUCUUUCAUUCACUGGAUCCAUCAUACUCCAUUAGAAACAGGUGCCUUUCAGUUUACCUUACCUGAGUACUUAGAUUCUCCUCAGACUGGAAGUCACUUGGAUUGGACAAACCUAACAUCAUCAAAACUACAGAUAUUUCCUUGCCCAAUGUUAUAUGGCUGUUCACUUUAUUCAUUCCACAAAUACUGAGCCUCUGCUAUAUUCCUCUCACUGUUCUGGGCUCUUAUUUUCCCACAAAAAUGUCUGGCAUUCUUUGACAGCAUACCAGUUUUCACUAUAAUGUUAAAUGUCAGCAUUCCAUCAAACUCCAUUUUCACACAGUGGAUCAAUGUCUGCCUUAACACUCAGCUGUUUCUUAAUGCCAUUCUUUUGUUUCUUGGAUACCUCUUUCUUAUGUUUUAGGAUAAUGUUAACCAGAGAACCCCUGACUAGGCCCUUUUAUGGUAAAGCUAUUAAGAAAAAAAAGACGAAAGCUAGAAGUAGUGACACAAACAUUCUACCUGUGUCUGGUGAUUCCAUUUUCAAGAGGCAGCAUUGACAAAUUGGAAUGCAUCUGGAAGAAUGGAGAUCCAGCAGGGGAGUGCCUGUUUUAAGAAAAAAUUGAAGAAAUUUAAGAGGUGAACAAAAGGAGAUUUAAUAGCUAUAAUUUUGAGUUGGUUACUCCAAAAGACCUCAUUUGAAUAAGAAGAUGCCUAUUUAAUAUAAAGUAAUUAGCUGCUGUGGAGUUGGUCCCUUAUUCAUGCCAACACCGUGCACAACUGAACAAAAUGCUGCCCGGCCCUGUGCCAUCCGCAUGCUUGGUUGUGGAUCAGACCAUUUGAUCUGUAGCACUUUCAUUGGCUGAUUUUCAGAAGUAGAUCCUCAGGCUUUUCUUCCUACCCUUUCUUUGUCUGGAUGCUCUACUGAAACCUGUCCAGCAUCACAGUAACGUGCAAACCACCAGUGACAGAUGGGUGGUGACUGUGCAUGAGAAUAAUUGGCCAGGAAUUAUACCCAGGUCUUCUACAUUGAAGGCAAGGGUCUACCAAUGUAGUUGUUGAUGACUGAAGCUAUUUAACCAGAGGAUAAACUGUGUGAGUUAAUGCACUCAGCUGCUAGCCAAAAGGUUGGCGGUUCUGUUCCACCCAGAGGCACCUUGGAAGAAAGGCUUGGCGAUAUACCUCCAAAAAAUCAGCCAUUGGAAACCCCAUGGAGUACGGUUUUCUCUAACACACAUGGGGUCACUGUGAGUUGGAAAUGAAAUGGUAACUAGUAAAACUGCAUGAGAAUGCAGAUGCUUUCCCUUCACAGGAAGUGUUUAAACUUAGGCAGGUUCAAUUCAGUGGACUGGACAUCUCCUGGGGAACACUGCAUGGAAGGGGCCCUAGGAGACAUUGUAAAGGACUGUUCAGAGGUAGAGAUUGAACUAGAUGAUAUCUGAAUUACCCUUCAACAGUAAGAUUCUAAAUAUCCAUUCAAUUAUUCAGCCUUUUAGGGGCAUAGAAUUAAAUUUCUAACUGUCCCUUAGUACACUAGAAAACCGUAGUACAUUAUAGGAAUACUGCCAUGGAGCUAAACUUUUUACAUCAGCCAAAGCAGCCUCUUUGUAUCUAUCUUGCAUAUUGAACUUCUGUAUAAAGUAUCAGCUGAGAAGAGUUUCCACUACAAUAACAAAGUAUGAAAAUGACUAUUACAAAAUAUUAGCUCAAGACAAAGUUGACUUAAACUCCAAUGUGGAGGCAUUCUUGUCAAGUUAUAUUUCCAAUUCAUUUUAAACCAAAGGCAUCUAGGGACAUCUAGGGGCACAUCUAAGUUUCUUCCCCAUGACUCCAGAUUGUCCACUGGAUGAAGUCCAAUUUCUUUAAGAUGGCAUGUGAGGCCUUUCACCAUCUGGCUCUCAUAGUCUCAUCUACCGCCACUCUUCCCAACUUGAUCCUGAGCUCCAGCCAUGCUAGACUUUUUACAGUGCUCAGAAAACACCAGGUUUCCUCAACCCACUGUGUCUUUAUUUAUGGGUCUUCUAUGUGGUGACCUCUCCUUAGCAGAUGUCAAAUUUGCCUUAAAUACUUGGAUGAGGCAUUUUCUUCUCUCUAAGCAUCUAAGUGUUAUAAAAUCUAGUAAUAACUUUGAUUUUAGCACUUACUAAAAAAAAAAAAAACCCUGUAUAUAACUGUUUAUUAUCUUUUUCUGGCACUGGAAUGAGAAUUGUUGCUUAUCUUUGUAUUCUUAGCAUUGGCAGUGCCUGCCAUGAAUGUUUCUUGAAAGAGAGGGGGAACAAAAAUGUUUCUAGGCAUGACCUCAUGGUAUGGAUCGCCCCCCCAACCCACGUCCACAUGAUAAACCUUAUCGAAGAACAUUUAAACUAAUGUCCCAGUAGAGUGUUCCCCACUCUUCCUCUUAAGAAUCUCCUGGAGGUCUGGAGGGGAGUCUACAUUUUAAUAUGUAUCCAUCAUAAUAAUUCUCAUCAGACAAGUUUGGAAAAGCCCUGCCUAGCUUGCUUCUACAGGAAAUUUGAGUCUAUAUUUUCAGUUCAACAAAUUUUUUAACAUGUUCAAAGAUUUUGGUGCUCAUCACUCCUGCUAGAGAGAAUUUAAUUUUUGCUCAUAGUUUCUUAAUAUGAAUUUAGAUAAGAAUGUGGAAAUUAUUUAAGUAUUUAUUUAAAACCACAUUCACAACUAGACCAUUAAUGAAGAAGCAGCAUUGGCCUUUUGAGUUUAUUGUAUUAGACUCCACCCAGGAAAAGGAGAGUAGGGUGCUGAGAUAUCUGUGCACUCCCCUGUAAAGAAUCAGUGAAGAAGCUUUGUGUUUUGAAGAGACCAGGUUGCUGUGAUAUUAAAAAGAUUGCUUCUUUUUCAUUGGCCCUCCGCCAAAAUAAUCUCACCUAUCAUUGCCACCAGCUUGCCAUAACUUGUUCAAAAAAAGUUUUUUGAAUAUACAAUCAACACAGUUUACUUUCAAUAAUCUCAUAAUAUACUUGAAGCUUUGCCAUGAAACAGCCAUUCCUUUGGGUUUUUUCUCCAAAAAUUAGAGGAGGAAAUCACAAGCGAUUGUCAGUUGCUAACACCUUAAUUAUAAUUAAUUUAUCACAGUUCUGAUAGGCCUAGUCAAAAGUCUUACAAAGAUAGAUGUGUUUACACAGGGGGAAAGACCACACUGGAGCACUGGGGAAUGCUUGAAGAGAAGAGGAUGGAGAACUCCAUACUUAGAGAAGAGGGUUGUCACCUAAUCACCUAGGAGCAUUCAUUGGCUAGCUAUAUGUGCUAGGCACGUGCUCAGCAGAGAGGAGAAUACAAGACACAGUCUCUGUUCUCUCACAAUAUGCAAUAGCAGUGAAGAUAAAUCACUGUUACAUUACCAUGUGUAACACUUCUGUGUAAUGUAGUUUAUACGAGUUCCAGUCUGGAGCUAGGACUGGGUUGGUAUUUUUAUAGCUUUGCUAAUUACCUGAUGUCUGUGUGACCUUGGAAAACUUACUAAGCUUCUUUAACCUCAUUUUAUCCUUGGUAAAAUGAAGAUAAUAAUAGUAAUUACUGCAUAAGCUUCUUGUGAAGAUUAAGAGGGACAAUGUAAAUAAAAGUACUUAUGGUGUCCGGCGUAAAAUAAGUACUCAGUAAACUUUAGUUAUUAUGGUAUUUAGCUGUGUGCUGAGUUGUGUGAGCAUUUACAAUAAACAUUCUGUAGAUCAAGUGUGUAUGUGUGUGUGCGCGUGUGAUGGAGGGUGGGAGCAUAAGUAUAGUCAGAAAUAUUUAAAAGACAUAGCAUUUGGUCGGAUCCUUCCUAGAAGGGUGGGUUGAUAAGGAGGUGAGGAAAGUGAAGAGGGAGUGGGUAGAGAGGACAGUCCAGUCUAAGAUAAAAAGUAAAAGUUUAGGAACAGAUCCAGAAAAAUAGUGAUAUGUCAACCACUUUGGUUAAAGCAUAGGAAAGGAUGAGGCAUGAAGGGAGAUGGGAAUAAUAGACUAGGGUGGAACAAAAUCAGUUAUUUUUAUCAAGAGGUCUUUCAGCUGCAAGUAAUCAAAUACCUGAUUAACUGUAUUGAAGCCAUGAAGAAAUUUACCAUCACUUGACAUCUGAGUAUAUGUAGUUCCAGGAUUGAUUUUGUCACCCAACAGUAUCACCAAGGACCUAGGCUCUUCCCAUCCCUCUCAUACUGUUCUGUAUGUUUGCUUCUGUCCUCAUGUUUGCAAAAGACAGUUACAGCUCCUGGCAUCACUUCCUCACACAGCACUGUCUGACUACUGGAAAAUACCACACAACACUGUCUCAACUACUGGAAAAUACCACCAAAAUAACCUGUAAAUAAAGCAAAGCUGAAUUUAUUGCCUACCACAGUAAUGUAACCACUACCUUGGCUGAAUCAUAGUUAAUCUAGAAGGAGGAAGGUCAAAAGCAUAAUAUUUACGAUUUUCUUUUCUUUCCUUUUUUUUUUUUUUCUUAGUUGAGGCAGGUCUUUCCAUUCAAGAACUUGAUAAAGAUGAGACAAAGUUUAUGACAUAACAGUUUAAGAUUGGUGGAAACAGAGAAGAGUUACAGUGAAUAUCUAGGUUAAAAAUAAUAGACUUUUGGGGGGAGGACUCUUAAAUUCUUUUAGACAUUUAUGAAAAGUGAAAGCAAAAUAAUAAAAGUACAAAAUGCUGAUGAGAGAAAUUAAGACCUAAAUAAAUAGAGGGAUUACUGAGUUCAUGGUUUGGAAGACCCAAUAUAGUUAAGAUGUCAAUUCUUCUCAAACGAGUCUAUUACUCUUUAAUGCAAUCCCAAUCUCAUGAGUCUAUUACUCUUUAAUGCAAUCCCAAUCAAAAUUCUAGAAGGUUUGUGCUUUUGUAGAUUUAGACAAGCUGAUUAUAAAAUCUAUAUGGAAAGGAAAAAUAGCUAGAAAAGCCAAAACAAUUUUGGGAAAGUAGAACAAAGUUGAGGGACUCACACUAGUGAAUUUUUAAAAUUCACUCUGAAUCUACAGUAAUAGAGUGUGGUAUUGAUGAAAGGAUAGACGAAUAGAGUAAUGGAAGAGGAUAGAGAGCCUAGAAAUAGUCCUACACAGUCAAUUGAUUAAUGACAAACGUGCAAAGACUAGCCAAAAGAGAAAUUAUAGUCUUUUGAACAAAUGAUGCCAGAACAAUUGAACUUUCAUAGGCAAAACGUGAAUUUCAACCCCUAUCUCAUACUUUAUACAAAAAUUAAUUCAGCAUAGAUUAUAGACUUAAAACACAAAAUAUAAUUUUCAUUGAUGAAAAUUCAGAAUAUUUUCAUGACCUUGGCUUAGGCAAAAAGUUUCCAAAUAUGACACCAAAAGUACAAGCCAUGGAGUAAAACAAUUGAUAAAUUGGACUUCCUCAAUUGGACUUGAUCAAAAUCAACUUUUUUUUUUUUUUUUUCUGAAAGGGCAUUGGUAAGAGAAUGAAAGGACAAACAAUUGUCUGGAAGAAAAUGGGUUCAAACCAUGUUAUCUAUCAAAGUACUUGUAUACAGAAUAUAUCAAAAUCUCUCCAAACAACCCAAUUUAGAAACGAGCAAAAGAUUUGAAUAAACACGUCAAACAAGAUAUACAGAUAGUAAAUAAACACAUGAAAAUGCUCAACACCUUUAGUCAUUACAGAAGCGCAAAUUACAGCCAUAAUGAUACCAUUACACACCUAUUAGAAUGUUGGGAAACAAAACAAAACAAAUUCUGACAAUAUCAAGUGCUGGUGAGAAUCCAGAAUAACUAAAACCUCAUCCAUUGCUCGUGGGAAUGAAAAAAGCUAGAGCCACUCUGGAAAACAGCUUCUCAUAAAGUUAACAGUUUUGGAUAAAGUCACUAUAUGACAAAGCAAUUCCACUCUUAGAUAUAUACAGAAAAGAAAUGAACACUUAUGUUCCCACAAAAACCUGUAUACAAAUGGUGGUUAUGGCAGUAUUACUCGAAAUUAUCAAAAACUAGAAACAACUCAAAUGUCCUUCAACAAAGAAACAGAUAAACAAAGUGUUGUACAUCCAUCCAAUGGAAUAUUACUUAGUAAUAUAAAGUAACAAAACUACUGACACACACAAACAUAAUGACUCAAAAUACAUUAAGAAAGAAGUGUUGAAAAUCAUGAAGAGCCUGAGUUUUUAUCCUGCUUGCAAGCUAAAAGGUUAGCCUGUCAUGAUUCCUUAGAUACUGGCAGAAGACACAAAACUCCUAGGAUAGAGACAAAAGACAUUAUUACAGCACAGCAGACAGUAUAAGCUUCAAGUCUGAAUAUGUUCCCCUACCCCACCACCCCAUGGGGCAAUGCCAUGGCAGGCUCAGGUAAAUACUAUGCACAUAGUGGGUUUCUGUCAUAACUGGGGAACGCUACCUUGGAAAACCCCUAAUCUUAUAAAAGGGUCUACAAGCAAUCAUUCCCAACCUUUCCCUCAGAAGAAGGCAUAAUUUUUACCAUCCUGUUCAGGGAAUAAAUCUGCCCACUUCUUCAAAGGGAGACACUGACUCUAUAUUCUAAGACUGUUAUGCAAAUGUUCUUGAAAAAGUACUUCAAAAUGAAAGCUGUCACAGACAUGUAGAAACACAAUGGAGAAUUAACCCCAACUAAAGCCAGUCUCAAAAGAUUACACAGUAUUAGAUUACAUUAAUAUGAAAUUCCGGAAAAAAGCAAAGCUUUUGGGACAGGUUACAGAUAGGUCAAUGUUUCUCAAGGGUUUAGGAUGGGGGCAAAGAUCAAAGGUUUAGUACAUGGGAGUUUUCGGAGCAGUGGAAUUGUUCUUUGACCUGAUUGUAGUGGUGGUUAUGUGAAUUUAUACAUGUAUUAAAACUCAAAACUGUAAGUACAUCAAGACAAAAGUUGAUUUUACUGUAUAUAAAUCAAAAUAUUAAAAUGAGCAAAAGUCAAACACAAAGAAUGUUCAUUAUGAAAAGAGGGCAUUGGGUCUGAAGGAGUUACAAAUCACUAGACUAACCAGGCCUUCUAUUUCUAGUCCACUAAUAGUUUCUGAAACGCUGCUUCCAUUUAAGGGAUCAGCGGUCAGAUGCAGCCUGGCGUAAACCAUUUACACAGCCCAGGAAAGUUCAUGUACACAAGUCCACAGGAAACACACACAAUAAAAUCUUUGAGAAUUAGAAGUCAAACAUUAGGUUUUUAAUGUCUGCUUCUGACAUUUGCUCAAUUUAAGAGGAGUGAGUCUUCAGGGGAAAUAGUUCCACGAUUGUGCCAACUUUCAAUUACUUUCAAGCAACCAAUUAUGUGAUCUAUUUCUUUAAAAGAUAAAAUUGACCUGACCUUCUUGGCUGAAUCAAAGGACCAGACUUUUCUUGUCAAUAUAUAGGCAUUUUUCACUUUAGAAAUGAAAUGGAAUGUUAUAUUACACCUGACCUCUUUUCCCAUCACAAACCAGGCCAUCUGUGCUGAAAUCUUUUUUUUUUUUUUCCUCCCUUAGUUUUAAUUGCUUUUUUCAAAAUUCUUUUUCCCUGUAAGGAUCACUGCCACUGAAACUUUCUAAGCCCAUAUACUAAGGCAAAGCUGAUGCUUUUUAUUUCGGGGAACCAGCAUAAAAGAAAAAAAAGCAAACCAGUUGCCAUCAAGUUGCUUCUGACUCAUGGCGACCCCAUGUGUAUCAGAAUAGAUUGUGAUCCAUAGGGUUUUCAAUGGCUGUGAACUUUCAGAAGUAAAUCUCCAGGCCUUUCUUCCAAGGUGCCUCUGGGAUUCAAAAUACCAACCGUUCUGUUAGUAGCUGAGCACUUAACCAUAUGUGCUACCCAGGGACUCCUGGGGAACCAGCAUGGAAGGUAGUUAAUAAACUUCAUCAACAACUGUUUUUGACCUCCUAUUGCCAAUGCUUUUUGUAAGAAACAGAGACUGUGUAUAAAUUAUGCCACCUAGGUAAGAAGGUACAGUAGCUGAAAAGGUGAUGGAAUGUUGCUUUGUUUAUUUUAGCACACAAAGUCUAACUUCUCAUCUAUGACUUAUUUGACAACCACAGCAAUUAAGCAAUUUCCUCAAACUUACUGGUUUUUGGAAAAAAAAAAAAGAAUAGAAAAAAAUAAUUAGUUAUCCUUCUGCACUUAGAGGAGUCACCUGAAAAUACUGAGCUGGUUGUUUUUCCUCCUAGGUGCUUUUCUCCAAAUAUUCUAAUAUUUUUAUUUUUUUUCUCUAGGUUCUUUGUUGAUACCAGCUUCCUUGGGUUGCUUCCAAUCCAUCUUUCACACAAUUCAUAUCUCUGCCUCAUUCAACUCCAGACUAACACUUUCUAUAUGCCACCUAUUUUCAGCCUUAAGCUGUCUAACAUAUUAUUUUCUUUUGUCAUUCCAUUUAGAAUAUUUAUAAUAUUCAUAUGUUCAUAGCCUCAUUUUUUUUUUUUUUUUU